UUGAUGAACCAGUAUCAUAUACCUGCUUGUACUAGUUAGUAAGGAGAUGAGACUGCAAUGAUGGAUAUGUACAGUCGACUGAAAUACUAUGAGGAAUUGUCACGUGGCCUUGUGUCUAUGUGGCGUGCAGGCUGCUUCACAGACGUGGAGGUGGUGGUCGAUGAUGAGACAUACUGUUGUCACAGGGUAGUCCUUGGGGCCAUGUCAGACUACUUCAAUGCCAUGUUUAAUUCAGGUUUCCGAGAGAGUAAUGAGAAGCGUGUGUAUCUCCAGGGUGUUGACAAGGAAACAUUUGAGAUGAUCCUGUCGUUUUUAUACACAGGGGAGGACCACGUCAACAAUGAUAAUGUUAGUCAACUUCUCAUGGCCUCUGUUAUGCUGCAGGUAACCAGUCUGCAAACUAUCUGUGAGAAUUACCUUCGUCAGAACCUCAACAUUGACAACUGUGUUGGAAUCUGGAGGAUUGCCACAUCUCAUGGCCUCCAGAAUCUCAUCAAGACUAGCUGGACAUUCAUCAUGAAGUACUUCCCUGAGAUCUGUGGGGAAGAGGAAUUUGAUAGCAUGUCUGCCAAGGAAUUAACCCUGAUUAUUGAUGACAAGGAAUUGUAUACAUCAUCUGAGGAACUGGUGUGUGAUGCUGUCAUUAAGUGGGUGAAGGUAGACAUAGCUGAAAGGAGAAAUGACCUUAAAGAAAUAUUUGGUCAUCUCCGACUAAGUCUGAUGGAUACCGACUACCUCAGGAAACUUUUAGUCAUGGAAGUUAUCAAAGAAUGUGAUUGUGUUGAGAUGGUGCAGGAAAUUAUGGGUAAGUCUAAUGAUGAAGACAGCAGUACACUCGCCAGUGACUAUAGAGAAGAGGAAGUGAUAUGCAUGGUUGGCACUAGAAGUCGAAAUCCUGAUCCACAGAAGACAGAGAUACAAUGCUACAGUUAUCGUCACCGUAAAACUUUCACUCUGAUGGACCUUCCUAAGGAAACAGGUCCCUGUUUUGCAGUCUGUACUGAUGGCAAGGAUAUAUUCAUAUCUGGUGGUUAUGUGGAAAGGAAAAUCAUUCUUCAUUUUGUGGCCAAAGAAAACAAAUGGAUAGAAAGUAGCAUGAAUGAAGGUCGAUGGAGUCAUGCAAUGGCAGCUUAUGGAGAUGCCAUUUACCUUAUUGGUGGGAUGUCGCAGACCAAUGAAACCAAAUCAUGCAUUGAAAAAUUUGAUGUACACAAGAAGUCAUGUACAAAGGUAGGGGACCUGCAGGUGCCUGUGUCAUCCUUAACUCUAGCAGUAAUAGGGAGAAAGAUUUACACAUUUGGAGGAAAACAUAGCAACAGGCAACCAGCUACUGUGAUCCAGUGUUACAACACAUCUACCAAUCAGUGUGUUGUGGUAGGGGAUUUACCAAGUUCCUGUGCAGGAAGUGUGGGACGAGCCGUGAAUUAUGAGGACAAAGUUUAUCUUGUCCUCAGAGAGGGCCAGAUAGUGGAGUUUCACAACAAAAGUGCUACACAGGUAUGCGGUAUCACCAAAUUUGACCACUUUGGUGCUGUUGAGUUUGAGGGCCGUAUUUUAAUUAUAGGAACACUGAGUGGAAAGUUCACAAUGUUCCUGUUUGAUCCUAAAACAAGUGAGGUUGCAGAAUCGCAUGUUCUUUUCAAAGCUGCAAUGUGUAACUUUCAUUGCCUUAAGAUGGUUCUCAGUAAGAAAUUCCUUAUGUAGUGAAAAUUCUUAAGACUUGCUAGAGUGAAUGGUGCACUCAUGAUUCGAACACAUUCCACUCCUUAAUUUAAAUAGUCCUUUACUAUAUGUAUAAACAUGUUUUCCAAGUGGCAUGUUGACAUUUUCAUCGUUGAGCAAAUAUAUACAUGUAUCUUCAGGGACUUAAUGUUUCCUUCCAAAUCUGACUUAAAUCAUUGUAACAUGUCCUAAUCAUUAUUGUCAUUUUUCUCUUGAUUUUAGUUCCUAAGAAUUCGACUGAGAUGGUUAAGGAAGUGAUCGGAAAGUUUCUUUUUAAGAAUUUCAUCCUUCCUAAUUCUUUAUAAAUACAUUGAACAGACAAUUUCCAUGAAGUUUUUGGUCAUGAAAGGCAUAGUUUUGGUAGAUAAUGGCAGAUUGUCGGUGGGAAAGUAAAGAAUUUACUGUAAUAUUUUAUGUUUUCAUAGGGUUCAGUUUUGUCUUCUUUCAAACAAAAUGAUUUUGUUGACACUUGAAGGAUAAAUGUAUAUAUGUUGCUCUGUAAAUCUACUUAUACUAUUUUUAUCAGUUUAUUGAUAUUUAAAUUUGUUUUAAG